CGUCCCUGCCUCGCGCCCCACCCCUGUCCGGCGCGCCUGCGCAGAGCCCGGCGGGCGGGUCGAAAAGCGCGCAGUCACUGCCGAUGGGAGGGGGAGCGGGAUUUGCCGGCAGUUGGAAAGCCCGCGAAACGCUCCUUCCGGCUGCGAAGCGCGCAGUGACGGCAGGAAAGGGAGGUGCUCCCCUAAUGGACUCCGCCUUCUUUUCAUGCCAAUUUCUAAGCUCCACGCAGCUUUUCUGCUCGGACGUCCGCCCCGCCUCUGUCGUGGGGCAUACUCCUUCACCUUUCCCCUCUGUGUUUCCGGCCUCCUCAGACCGCGUCUCCAGGCCCCCUUCCGCAGUUCCUGUCUCCUUCGCUGGGUUCCGCUUUUUAGCACCCCCCCCCCCAACCCUUUGCCGGAGCCCACGAGGUCGGCCCCGCUCCCCUGGAGCAGGAUUGCAGUGGGUUCCCCCGAGGAGAGCUGACUGCCCUCUGCUGCUGCCGACCGUUUGGCAGAGUUGAGCCAAAAUGUCCCCGGAAUCUAAAAAGCUUUUCAACAUCAUUAUUUUAGGAAUUGCCUUUAUGUUUAUGUUCACCGCCUUUCAAACUUGUGGAAAUGUAGCGCAAACUGUCAUCAGGAGCUUAAAUAGCACAGAUUUUCACGGCAGUGGCUAUACCAGCAUGGCAAUUAUUUAUGGAGUGUUCUCUGCUUCAAAUUUGAUUACACCAUCAGUGGUUGCCAUUGUAGGACCUCAACUCUCUAUGUUUGCUAGUGGUUUAUUUUACAGCAUGUACAUUGCCGUUUUUAUCCAGCCUUUCACGUGGUCCUUCUACACAGCCUCUGUUUUCAUUGGAAUUGCAGCUGCUGUACUUUGGACAGCACAAGGAAACUGCCUGACAAUAAAUUCAGAUGAGCACACUAUUGGGAGAAACAGUGGAAUUUUCUGGGCACUCUUACAAUCUAGCUUGUUCUUUGGAAAUCUCUACAUAUAUUUUGCUUGGCAAGGGAAAACUCAAAUAUCAGAGAGUGACCGAAGGACAGUGUUUAUUGCCCUGACAGUGAUUAGCCUUGUGGGGACAGUUCUCUUCUUUCUCAUUCGGAAACCAGAUUCUGAAAAUGUCCUGGGAGAAGAUGAAUCUUCUGAUGACCAGGACCUGGAUGUCAACGAGUCUGCCCAGAACAAUAUGACAAAGGCAGUAGAUGCAUUUAAAAAGUCUCUUAAGUUAUGUGUCACCAAGGAGAUGCUCCUUCUUAGCGUUACAACUGCUUAUACAGGUCUGGAAUUGACUUUCUUCUCUGGUGUAUAUGGAACCUGUAUCGGCGCUAUAAAUAAAUUUGGAACAGAAGAGAAAAGCCUCAUUGGACUUUCUGGCAUUUUCAUUGGCAUUGGAGAAAUUUUAGGUGGAAGCCUCUUUGGCCUGCUGAGCAAGAAUAAUCGUUUUGGUAGGAAUCCGGUUGUGCUGUUGGGCAUCCUGGUGCAUUUUAUAGCUUUUUAUUUAAUAUUUCUCAACAUGCCUGGGGAUGCCCCUAUUGCUCCUGUUGAAGGAACUGAUAGCAGUGCUUACAUCAAACCCAGCAAAGAAGUUGCCAUCUUCUGCAGCUUCCUGUUGGGUCUUGGAGACAGCUGCUUCAAUACCCAGCUGCUUAGUGUUCUAGGUUUUCUCUAUUCUGAAGACAGUGCACCAGCCUUCGCAGUCUUUAAAUUUGUGCAGUCCAUUUGCGCAGCCGUGGCAUUUUUCUACAGUAACUACCUUCUCCUUCACUGGCAACUCCUGGUCAUGGUGAUGUUUGGGUUUUUUGGAACUGUUUCCUUCUUCACUGUGGAGUGGGAAGCUGCUGCCGUUGUAGCCCGGGGCUCUGACUACCGAAGUAUUUGAUGAAGGGCGCCCGCGAGAGGAGGCUGCCUCCUCAGACAGCUCGGCUGGGCCGUAGGGCUUGGUACAGGAGGCCCGCUCUCGUCGUCACAGUACAUUGCAGGGUGUUUAGGAUGGAAAGUCAGCGAUUUAAGACUGCUAAAUCUGCCAGAGUUGGUAUUCAAGUUUACAGAUGUUAGUUGUUUAAAACUGGUGGAAUAAGGGAGACUUGUACUGUCGAUUAUGAUUGUUCAAAGAUGUUGUUUUUCAGUUCGUCUGUCUCGCGUUCCUUGUGAUCAUGUUAUAAAUGUGUAAGUGUUUUCUUCUCCCCCUGUUCUCUUUGAACGAUCAUGCUUUGAUUGAAACUACUAGGCCA